AUGAAGCUUUUCGCUUACCUCGCUGCCCUCGCUGUCGCUGAAGAGAUCAAAGACGACACUUGCUACUCAAAUGGUGAGGAAGUCCCAUGCUCUGCUCUUGCUCGAUCUCGAAAUCCGACUGAGGUGGAUCGAAGCGUCUCUGGUGAGCGAAGAUAUGCUGAUUUGAAGGCAAUCGCGAAGAAAAUCUGGGGCGUCAACGGACUGAAAGGCAAAUACAAGUUCGACGAGCGAAAAUACUGGGCCUACGGUUGCCACUGCUACCUUCUUGGCGACCGACCACUCAGCGAAAUGGGCACUGGAGCACCAAAGGAUGCUCUUGACAACAAGUGCAAAGCCUACAAAGACUGCCAAAAGUGCGUCCGGGAAAAGCACGGCGAUACCUGCAUCGGAGAAUUCACGAAAUACACCUGGAAGUAUUCUGGAAAGCGUGGUGCGUUCGAAUCUGUGAAUACUGAGGGUUCCUGCGAGCGUGAACUCUUCCAAUGCGAUCUUCAAUUUGCCAAGGAUACCUUUGCCGAGAAGGAUAUCUUCAGCGAUGAAUACCACUUCUUCUGGGGCGGAUUUGACAACCGAGAUCCUGACAACUGCCCCUCCAACGGUGGUAUCCCAGUCGAACAUGAGUGCUGCGGUGGUUACGAUCGAGAAUACCAUUGGAUCGGACUCAAUAAGAAGAAGUGCUGCCCAGCUUCAAAUGGCUAUUCCGGAGUCGUUGUCGAUAAAGACGAAUCAUGCUGA